GUUUCCUACGAUAAUGAUUUUGUGACAUCAUCAACUUACAAAAAUAUUGAAAUAAACACAGUUGUCACUGUAAAUCUGGCAUGCGUUUGAUGGAGUGUAAAGUGCUCCUGAAGGUGUUAGGUUGCUGAGUGCCUUCUAUGGUCAGUUAGUGAACAUUCAUAUAAAUAGUUUGAAGAUCUGAUGGUCUAGAAAAAAUGGGGGCUGCUCCAGUGAUACAGUAAAAGCGGAGGACAGCUGAAGAAAAAAAACAAUGUCUGUCAUCCAAGUGACUUCUUCUGGGCCAUGAAAAUGUAAUUUUGACAUGUGAGUUGGCUUUUUCUGAUUUGGUUAGUUGAUUGUGGAAAGGGUAGAUGUGUUUUUGUGCAAUUGCUUUGUGGAAUGAGUUCAAGAUUAUUUGUUAUGGUAUUAACACACAUUUAUGGGUAAUAAUAUAAAUAGAAAGGUAGAGGACAACUACAUAAGGAUAGAAAGACGAUUUGCUGGUACUUAAUGGGUCCAGGCUUAAUUACAUAUCUAAAGAGGUAAAAAAAAGCAUGUCUGUAAAAAAAACAAAACAAGUCAAGGACAGGAUUCCAAAAAAAACUAAGCAUAUUACUGUGGUCAAGGGCUAUAUAUUGUUUAUUUGAUGACAGUUGUCUGGGAUGUAUUAUUUUAUUUUUGCUUUAAAUAAAUAUAUUUAUAUAUAUAUAUAUAUAUAUAUAUAUAUAUAUAUAUAUAUAUAUAUAUAUAUAUAUAUAUAUAUAUAUAUAUAUAUAUAUACACAGUGUGGUAUGCCUGUGUCUGAUGUCCUGGCCCAUGCUUAAUUAUAACUUAUGGGUGUUUUAAUCUAUUUUUAAUUGAAUUCUAAAGAAUUAUGAAUGAUACCAAGCAUAUAGAGUAUUAAUGAGACAUUUGUAUAUUGUUUGCUAUUAUUUGUAAAUUCAUGGUUUUAAAUCAAGAAUGACAUUUUUGAAAUGGUAAUAUGUUGUGUAAUUUUAAAUAUAUAAACUCUGUGGUCUGUUGCUCAUUUCCCUGUUUUGACUAUACUUUCAAUUCAACAUUGAUGAUUUCUUUGUUCUUUGUUUCUGCAGGUAACACAUGAGAAACAAACAUUAUCAUUUAUCACCAGACAAGAAACACAUGUGGAUAAUCUGCAUCCUGCUACCGUGUUGAUUUAUGAUUAUUAUGAGCCAGGUAUGUAACAUUAUCAACAACACCAAACAGCAAUUAUCUUCCAAAUAUGGUUAUACAAAGACAUGUCCGUAUAGCCACAGAGAUGUAAGUAAAGAAAAUGAGAGCAAACAUAUGAUAUGAAAACAAACAUAUGAUAUGAAAACAUACACAACUGAUGACACACAAUAAAAAGUGAAAAUUCCUUCAUUUUUCUCACAUUAUACAAACCAUCUGUUAUUACAUCUGUUAUUUGAUAAACAUUUCCCAAGUUUUGUAAGUACCCCGUUAUCAUCAGAUGUCUGUCUGUCUGUCUAUAAACGUAUGUGUUUAUUGAGUAAUAAAUGCAUUUGAUCUGCUCUCAAAUUAUUCUCUGUUCUUAUUUCAGUGCAUCACGCAGUGGUGGAAUUUAAUUCUCCUUGUAAUAAAGGUAAUAAUUAAUGUUCAUAAUAGUAGUUCAUUGUACUUUUAUAUUUGUAGAAAAUGGUUUGUGGUUCCCAUCCAAAGGGACUAUGUGUGUGUUUUCUUUCUAUAAUUCAUGUUCAUAACAAGGAAACAAAUAUCUAUUGUAAAAUCUACUGAUUGUUGGUUCUUUGCGGUUUCCAACCAACUAUCCUCUUUUUCUUUUGUAGCCUAUGGUAAUUGUCCAUCAGAUGCCUCUCACAGGAAGAAUUGUGGGCAUCCAACGAUUGAUAGUGAAGAAUGCCUCCGGAGACAUUGCUGUUAUGAUACAAGUGUCCCUCAAGUACCCUGGUGUUUCUUCCGUGAAUUUUAGACAGGUCAGUUAUUUCUUAAAGUAAAUUUAAAUAUGAAUGAAUCAAAUCUAUGCAUUGUGCUAAAAGAAAUUCUCACAACUAUAAAGUAAAAAAUUUCCCUUUUAUGAUGUUGGGAUAAAUAGUGAAUAGAGUAUUGCUAACAGAUAUGCUAACACAUUAAAUGCAUGUUAGCAGGAGAACCCACUUCUGAAAUGUUUCAUGCUUGCCUUUAGUGUGAAAGUAAACCUGUGGGAAGGAAUGAUGUACUACAGGCAAACUCUGUAGGAGAGCAGCUGUUACAGAGAAAGAAUAAUAGAAACAUUCAUUUUAAUAGUUCACUCUGAACCAGAUAUAACAAAUUAAUUAGAUUUACGACAUGCUGGGAGAAGUUUCAACAGUUAUGGAGAGCAAAUUUAACAACACACUGGAAAAAAAGAUGGGUAUUCUCAACAGGCUACAAGGGUUAUGUUAGUGAGUAAAUAUGUACAUAGUUAAUUGUGUAAAAUAAACUGAGCCAGAUAGAAAACUGUAAAUUACAUUGAGCCUGGCAGUUUUACUGUAAGGUGUCAUGUUUUGUAUUUCUGUGCUAUUGCCGUUACAGUUUAUAUAAAACAUUACAAUAUAUUUUAGUACUGUUUCUCCUCCUUUCUUUAUGCUCUGCAGACUGACUGAGAUCUGGAAAGGGCAAAGCUUAAAACAUUGAUUAACAGGGAGAAAAAAAGUUACAAAAAAAAGUAGAAAAAUUAGAAAAACUGUAUAAAAUGUGGGUUCUGUUUCCUACAUUUAAAUAAGAGUAUAAAACCUGCAUUCUUCAAUCCUAACUAUCUUUAUAUUAUGCUUAUUUAUUUUAAUACGAACUGAAAUCCAAUUAGUGUUACAACUCUGAGUUCUAGUUUUUAUAAGAGAUAUUCUUUUUUUGUCUUUCAGAAUAAAGAUGAAACAUUGGAGCUUAAGAAACUGAGUUUAUAUCAUAAUCUUCAUGUGGCACCAGCACUGCAUCUGUACAAGCAAUUUAUAAUAGUUACUGAUUGGUUGUAUUUUAGCUCCAUCAAAAAAACAAACUGAUCCUAUUUACUCCAUGUACUUCAUCAGAUUGAACCAACAUGAUAAUAAACACCUUAAAAUUCUUUUUUUUUUUUGGUUUGGUUUUAUUUGAAUAAGACG